AUGCUCUCCUCCUCCUCCUCCGUCGUCAUCAUCCUCCUCUCCCUCCCCUUCUUCACCCACGCCUCCCCCCUCAACCCCCGCGGCCUCAUCCCCACCGAAUCAUGCUCCCUCCAGGGCACCGACUCAGGCGUCAACUCAACCGACCUGCAAGCCCUCGCCGUCGCCCUCAAGCAAAACACGCUCACCACCGGCCCCGUCGACGACAGCAUCCUCAUCAAGGCCUCCCACGCCGUCGAGUUCUCCGCCGGCACCGCCGCCGCCUGCGUCCAGAACAACUUCCUCUUUGAAAACGCCCACUUUGCCCGCUCCGACAUCGCCGAUGCCAUUGCCAAGAGCUUCAUCGACUGCUGCGACGGCACCGAUUUCUGCAACAACAAGCCGUUCAGCACCAUCAGCGGCGAUACCGGACUCACGGCCAUUGUGCAGAUCCAGAACCCGGGCGAGGAGUGCAAGUCGCCCAAUGGCGGUUUCCUUCCGCAGCAGAGGGAUCUCAAUCACCAUUACAGCUUCUCUUAA